CCGAAAACUUUACGCCGAUGGGCCAGGGGCGAGUUAAGCCUCUCCAGGAAGGAAGCUGUUGGACUGAUCGUAUCCUCGCAAGCGCUAACGCGUUUUGAACCUAGGGGCGUGGUUCGCCCCCCUAAUCCAAAGUCGGGCAAAAAAGUUGCGAUGGACGGUUGACCCUGAUUUUGCGUCCCACACUCCCCUCAAAGUGCAAAUCGCAGGCCUCCCAUAUUAAGGAUUGGCCUUUCCAGUUUCUCAACCAUCAAGGCAACCCAGUUUUUGCAGCCAGUUCACAAAACGAGGGGUAUGGCUCAUGCGGUCUUCUGGAGAUUUACGCAUUUCGAGUAAUUGGCUGUCAACGGACUGUCAACAUGUCUACGACACUACUUCCCACACAUAAUGGCCCCGAGGAGCGGCUGUCAAUAGACUCGCAGGAGCUGCACGAGCUCUACGAGACAAAACUCCAAAGCGAGCAGUCAUUCCCCGCACGAGUAUCGCACGGGGUGUCUUCGCUCUUCCAGCGAUUCCCCUCAGUCAGAUACUCGCGUCGCCAUGAUUAUACAGCGUUGGAAUCAACCUCAACAUCAACAUCAAUACCGACGCGGCGGUACUACAGACACCUGCGCCGAAUCCCCUACUACCUCUCCAUCUUCAUCUCAAUCCUCAUCGCCCUCACUGCCAUCACAUUUACCUUUUUCCCUUCAUACACAUACCCCCCACCACACUAUCUUGCCCUACGAAACCGCGUCCUCAACACAGAUCCAACUUCAAACCAGUCGGGUCGCGGAAACAUCCACAAUGAAAAGAUCUUUAUCGCAGCCAGUCUCUACGACCCCACGGGCGAACUCGCCCGCGGCCACUGGGCGUCCAGCGUCCUGGAUCUCAUCACCCUUCUUGGCGAGGAGAAUGUCUUCCUAAGUAUUUAUGAAAACGACAGCGGAGAAGAGGGCGAGCGUUCGCUGGCGGACCUCGACGCCCGCGUCCCCUGCAACAGCUCUCUUGUCUACGAACAUCUAGACCUCGACGAACUGCCCAAACUGACGAUCCCCGAUGGCGCAGAGCGCGUCAAGCGGAUUACAUACCUCGCAGAAACGCGCAACCGCGCAUUGAAACCACUCGAUAAUUCAUCAACCACUUUCGACAAGCUCCUCUACCUAAACGACAUCGCCUUUGACCCGCUCGAUGCGCUGCAGCUGCUGUUUUCAACGAAUGUCAAUGCAAAGGGGAAAGCAGAGUACCGCGCCGCGUGCGCGGUGGAUUUCAUCAACCCGUUUAAAUUCUACGAUACGUACGCCACGCGCGAUCUCGAGGGGUAUAGCAUGGGCGUCCCCUUUUUCCCGUGGUUCUCGGGCUCCGGGCAGGGACAGAGUAGGCGGGAUGUCCUUGCGGGCAAGGAUGCGGUUCCUGUGAAGAGUUGUUGGGGUGGGAUGGUUGCAUUUGAUGCGAGGUUCUUUCAACAUGUUCGGGAGAACAACACCGAUGUCGAGACCAACGGGAGAAAAAGCAGCGCGGAUACAGCUGGCGUUAUAACGACUCCAGCGCGCUUCCGCGCCCUAAACGACACAGACCUUUUCUGGGACGCGUCCGAAUGCUGCCUGAUCCACGCGGACAUCCAACGCCCGCCACCACACCCCGAAUCCUCAUCCUCAUCCUCAUCACCAGAAACAGACUCAGUACCGGAAACAGGAAUCUACAUGAACCCGUUCGUGCGCGUCGCCUACGACCCCUACACACUCUCCUGGCUGGCCACAACGCGGCGCGUCGAGAAACUCUACUCGGUCAUCCACAACAUCGUCAACCACCUCGUCGGCAUGCCGUGGUUCAACGCGCGGCGCGAGGAAGUCCCCGGGGAGAUCUAUCAUGAUACGGUCUUUGUCCCUGCAAAGGAGGAGGGGGGUGUAGGCUCCUUUGAACGCCGGGAGCGCGUGGGGCGGCAUGAUGGUUUCUGUGGACGGUCUGGGCUGCAGGUUGUUGUCCCGCGGGAGGAGGAGGGGGAGACGGGUGGGAAGGGGUGGUGGACUGUGCCGACGCCUGUUGAGGUGGUGCCUUGAAUUUGAGUUUUCCAGGGUGUACGAGUGUGUAUAGAUAGAGUUCUUUUAAUUUAUGACGAUUUCACGAAUGCAGGCAUCGAAUCGCAUCAAGUUAACCGAGG